AUGGGAAUUUCAUCAUCUAAUCCUUUUAGUUCAAUUUUUAAAAGUAAAGCAAUAAAAUUAUUAAUGCUUGGUUUAGAUGGAAGCGGUAAAACUACUAUAUUAUAUAAAUUAAUGUUGAAUGAAGUAGUUUCAACAAUUUCAACAUUAGGAUAUAAUGUUGAAACAAUUCAACAUAAACAUUUAAAUUUAACAUUAUGGGAUUUAGCAGGUGAAGAAAGAAUUAGAACAUUAUGGAAACCAUUUUAUAAUAAAUGUACUGCAAUAAUAUUUGUAGUUGAUAGUAGUGAUAGAUUAAGAAUUGAUGAAGCUGCAUCAGAAUUAGCUAAAUUAAUGAAAGAGGAAGAAUUAAAAGGUUGUUCAUUAUUAAUAUUUGCAACAAAACAAGAUUGCAUAUCGCCAAUGGAAAUACCCGAAUUAACCGAUCAAUUGGGUUUACAUGAUAUUAAAGAUCGUAGGUGGUAUGUACAACCAACAAGAACAUUAGAAGGUAUUGGAAUUUAUGAAGGAUUAGAUUGGUUAUCAACUAAAAUCAUUGAAGAUCGAAAAUCGAAAUCAUUUAAAUCUAAAUUCUCUUUUUCAAAUAAAAGUAAACAACAAAAAUCAAAUAGCCAACCAAAUACACCAAGAAAAAAUAUUCAAAUGAUGACAUAA